UUACCCUGUCACCCCGCGCACGGAGGUGGGUGUUUUGGGGGGCUAUUUCGCGGGCAUCCAGGGCUGGGGGCGUUUAGUCUAGCAUGAGACAGCUCAGGGCGAGCACCCGAUUUGUCACACACUAACGGUGCUAAAAGGGCAUCAAGCACUCCGGGGAUACCACCUAACCAAGGCAGCCAGCGAAGGGGGAAGAGAACCACCAACAUGUUCAAGACCAGUUACCUGCGCGAAGUGCGCAAGGACAAGUACGAGCGCUCCGAUGUCUUCGAGGAGGAGGAACCAGCGGGCGACGAGUCCUCCGCCGGGGCCUCGGCCAUCCAGGGCUGGGAGAGCCUCCAGGAACUCAACGGCCGUUUCGCCCGGUACAUCAACCGGGCUCGCGUGUUGGAGCAGCGCAACGCCGUGUUCCGCAAGCAGCUGGAGACCCUGCAGCGCAUGGAGGAGGUGAGCGGGCUCGAGGAGGCCUUCACGGAGCAGAUCGACGUCAACCGCCAGCGCAUCCGCGAGCUGUCCUCCGAGCACGCCAAGCUGGAGCGCGAGCUGAAGGAUGCGUGCCGCAUGCUGGAUGAGUACACGAGCAAAUACAGGAAUGAAUGCGAGUAUCAAGAACAGCUCAGGAGCACUCUGGAACAGCUUAAUAGGGAGGCGGAUCAGGCUCUGCUGGGUAACCUGGAACAUCAGAUCCAGAAUCAGUUCCUUCAGGAUGACAUUCUGUCCACCAGAGACAGGCACAAGAAGAACCUGGCGGAGAUCCAGACGUACGUGAACAUACUGCACCAGAUCAACCAGACCGCCCCCCUGCUGCAGAACAUGUCAAUGGGCAUCUCCGAGGACCAGGAGAGGCUGCUGACCCAGAGGAGGGUCCCGGAGCUUCAGAGCCAGCUGGAGGAGUACAAGAGCGCCAUCUGCCAGCUGCAGAUGCAGAAGCAACGCCUACAGACAGAGACGGGGUCGCUGGAUCAGGCCAUCAAGAGCACACAGGACGGCUACGACGACGAGAUCCAGGCCUACAACGACCAGAUCGAGGCGCUGCGCAAGACCAUCGAGGAGGCGGAGCGUUCCCUGGAGCGCUACACCAGCGAAUGUCGCCACCUGGCCAUGUACCAGACGUCCCUGGAGAACGAGCUGGAACGCUACAAGAGGAUCAUCGAGAACGAGGACAACCGGUUGAACUCAGCGAUAAUUGGCACACCCAUUACCCUGUUCACCACUAAUUGUUGCAACCCGCACGCACCUACCGCGCCCAGCCGAGGGAGAGACCUCACCCAGGCCAUCCAGGACAUCACCACCAUCAAGCCCCGCCAGAAGAACCUGGCCAAGAAGGUGCAGAAGAAGAAGGAGCUCGGCCCAAGAGACGUGACCGACUGUUCCCAGGACGACCUUCCCGUUGCCCCCUCCCACGGAGACGCCGCCGGGGGGGAGGAUGAGGUGGUGAGGAGGACGGAGCAGAGCACCGGCUCCGUGCCAGGGGCACGGGUGUCCCCCCAGGACGUCCCCGACGGCGCCCAGCUCAGCAAGGCGUUCGACACGCUCUGCAACAUCGUGCGCGACCGGAUGAGGAAGUACCGCAGGCCUGAGCCCAUCGCCGACUUCUACACCAAGGGCCGCUACGUCCUGGUGACGGGGGACGCCAGCUACAUGGACCCCUGCUUCUGCACCUCCUCCCCCUCCGGCGGCCACGUCUUUAUCACCGCCGGGGACGGGAUGUUCAUGCCCCCCUACGACCCGCCCUACGGGCCCGGUGGACCCGCCUAUCCCCAGCCUCCACCCCCGCCCAUGCCCGGCCCCAGCGACCCCACUCUGCCCUCUGGUGGCGGCGAUAGGAAGGGCGACAACGGCGGCAAGGGAAAGGACGGAGGAGGUGGAGGUAAUGGUGGUGGCGGUAGAGGCAAGGGUAGAAACGGAGACCCAAAGGCCAAGGACCCCGAGCCAUCUCCAGCCCCUGGCCCCGGCCCCAGCCCCGGCCCCGGCCCCGCUCCUCGCCCAGCCGGCCCCUACCCUUCCCCGGGGGAUACCCUCCCGACCGGGCCAAGGGGCCGCCGUCCCACGCCCGGCAGCCCUCCCACCCGCAGCUACCACCCGGACACCCUGAGCUACGAGAAGGUGGAGGUGCUGGAGACGGUGGAGAGGCUGUCCGGCGACAACAAGGUGAAGGGUUACGAGGAGACGGCCCUGGUGGUGGAGACCACCGUCGAGAAGAUCAGCAAGAAGAAACCCAGAACCUGAAGUGGUGCUUCACUCGUGAGACGUGGGAAGAUUUGCUUCCGUGAAGAGGACAAUGAUGAUGGAGGAUUAGUGUGCCUUUCAUUUGCUUGACCUCGCCGCCUUCUGCCUCAAGCGUUUGCUGGUUCCCGAGGGACUUAUGCUGCUGCUGUUGUUCUUACAGCCGUCUUCAUGAUAGAGGAACACUUGGGGGAAGAUGAACAUGCUGGAGACCCAAGCCACGAAAACCUCUAAAAGUUUGAAAGAAAAUUGUAUAGAAAGUUACGCCGCCCUUUGCGACUUUCAGCCCUGAAGUUUAUGACGUUGAAAUGAAUGCCAUUGCCUGCAAUUAAAAGUUUUGCUGUGUGUCAAUUAGCUUGGAUUGAUAUCAUGCAUAAUAAAGAAAAGUCAUACAUAAA